AGAUUUCCUAACCCUUUUUCACCCUAACCAAAUAGGAACUGCCGGAGUGGUUUCGGUUUGCAUUCUCUCGACAUAAUCAGCAAUUCACCACCGUUAAUCGACAACCCUUGCAGUUGCAGUUAUGGAGGAGGAGGUGGCGGGAAGUUCAGCAAACGCCGUGAGCAAAGGGGAAGAGCAAAUUGAGCAGCUACCAAAAACAUGGCAUUCGUUCAUUUCAGACGAGUUCCCUCGCUCUUUCACAGAGUCAACAGAUGCUGCCCUUCGCUUUCUUCAUUACGAUUCUUCUACUCCUCUUCGUGGUUUGCAGGAUCUUAUUCCAGAGAUUAAGCACAAAUAUUUUGACUAUGAGUAUGCUUUAAUCAAGAAAUUCAAAGAUGGGUUGGCCAUUGGGUUACAACACCCAACUAUGACUGUGGGCAUCACUUUGGCUGCAAGUUUCCUCCUUAUCAGGCGACCCAGAAAUUUCUUGCUUCGCCAUACUGUGGGUCGAUUUCAAAGUGAAGAGGCACAGUUUGUUAGAGCUGAAAAUAAUGUGAAGGAUUUGAAGUUUUCUGUUGAUUUAAUGAAGAAAGAGAGCAGGAAACUGCUUGAUAGGGCAACUCUCGCUGAACAGGAGAUGACAAACGGCCAGACUAAUCUAAUGAAUGUGGGCAAACAGCUACGACACCUAGCAAAAUCGGUGGAUCAUGCUCAAACUCAAGCAGCAGAUGUAGUGGACCUGCUACGAGAGAUACCGAGCAGGGAAGCAUUGCAACUUCGAGCUGAGGUUGCUUCAGUGGCUUCACUUCUUAAGCAGCAAAGGACUGGCCUGGAGAAAAGGAUGGUCAAAAUAACCGAAAUGGGAGUUCAAGUCUGAUGAGCUGCGAGCUGAUUAUUUACGCAAACUGGUAGGAAGAUGUUUCAGGUUGGGAUUAACUUGUACACGUUUACCAUUAGACAACAAGAAAAGGAUUGCUAUUUGAGUUUUGUUGUUAAAGUUUGUUAACUUUCAUUAUAAAUUUACUAAGAUUUAACACUGAUUCACAAUAUGAAAUACCAAAUUAGAAUUGAGUUUGAAAA